GUUCCAGCCUACAAUUUAAAGCCGUUAGCGAAUUCAGCCAUGUAGUCAGUUUAUUCCUGAUGGUUUCGUCUUUUUCAAGAAUAAAGUUUGUUUUUUUUUUUAAAUGGAACUCCAUAUAACUUAUAGGCAAUAUAGAGGUUACAGCCGUUGAUAGUAAAUAGUAUUCGAGAAAAUAUUUUUUUUUCCAAACCAAUGCAGUAUAGCGUAAUAGUAAAAAAAUAGACUAAACUCGAGAAAUAGUGUAAAGAGAAAAGUUGCAACUUUAAGGCUGUAUAAACCAUACAGUCAUACUUUUCAUGAAUUUUCAGGACCUUUUAGAUUUUUGCAUAUAACUGAAAAACCCUGUAUAUAAUUUAAAAAAUGCUCGAAAUAAAAGUUAUGGCCUUGGGUGUUUCGCGUCUUCUAAAUCAAUAAUUUUGCCGAUCGGGUGGGCGACAAUUCUCAUGUGAAUAUAUAUAAUUUCGUGAAAAUCUGAACUUUCAGUUCUUAUUUAUUUUGUUAAAUGGAGUUUCAUCAAGUAAAAGCCACCUGAGUUCAAUUCUUGAAGCUGAAAUUGGUUUCUCGGCUAUUUGGUGUUUCAAAUUGCUUCUACGUUGCCGAAUAUGUUUCCAGAACAUUUGGUUUUUCAACAAAUGUCUACAAAAUAAGAUUUUUCCCAAGUUUAUUAAGUUAAAAACCAACAACAGAAGUCCCGCCGCAUGGAAAGCCCAGAUCCAAGGCCAGACGAAAUGGAUGAAGGAAGAACGAAGACACGAGUACAGGAAACGGAAUACAAACAUUUACGUAAAGGCGAUCACUUUGGAGGGCGCAAAUCGUCAAAUCGUAGAAGAACCAUGGCGGCGAUCAAGGUCCGCAACAAAUCCUGCGUGCCGCAUCUGGAAAGUGAGGGCGUGUUCGUCGAGCCGAUUACCGACGACAACUACCGAAGACGCACGUGUUUCGACCUGCCCGCGUUUCAGAGGAUGCACGCGCACCACACGUUGGCCAGUGCCAGAAGGCACCGCCGUUUCCGGAACUUUCCCGAACUCGUGCCCAGAGACGAAUUGGAUUUCGUACUGGCGUCCGCGUACGAUCAAUCCUCUGGACUAUUCCCGGAGGCAGCCGACGUGUUCCUUCAAGAGGAGGCCACUUGGCGGCGCUUGCGUAACACCAGAGACUUGACUCCGGAACGGGAGGAAAUUCAGGGGAAAGUGGCGAAGGUCGACGUCAGAAGCAAACGCACAUCGAAGCGAGCGCCAUCUAUCCCGUAUAGUGUGAAACUGAUGAAUUCGUCGCACCAUUCGCCGCAGACCAACGCAGGGUAUUCGAGGCAGCCGUCGGACGGGAACUUCUACCAGUAUUAAUAAUUAAAAGCUGAAGGCACGUUAAUAAACGGUGUUCUCCGUUUCGUUUCUCUUAAAUUUUUUACCGCCAAGUCAUUUCUUGAGGUUAGGAAUCAGGUAAUAGUCGCCGGGGCGUAAGUCUGGAGAGUAGGGAGGUCGCGGCAUCAGCUCAAACUUCCAUUCGUGGAUAUUGGACACGGCAACGCGCUGAUGCCUUAUCAUGAUGAAAUGAGGCGGUUUAAUCUGCACCUCAUGAUUCAAACAUGGUAUCCAAGGUACAAGAAACAGUAGCCAUAACUUUUACCCAUUAAUUAAUUGAAAUUUAACGGUGGCGUUUAUACAAAAAUUUAAUUUCAUUUCAUUAAAUUUUCCCAGCUUUUAACUUUGAAAUUUAAAUUAAAUUUAACGUUAUCAGCUUUUAUCAGCUGAAUUAUUUAAAUAUUAUGUUAUUAUUACCGUCGGCAAAAUCGUCCCCUAAUCAAACAAAUGUACUUCCGGUUCUAAUUUUUUUAAGUCAAAAAUAUAUGCAUAGAAUACGUUUUACCGAAUUUCAUCAGGCAAUCCCAAGUAUGACCUAGGCCUAUUUUGCAACUUCUUGACUGUACAGAGUAAAUAUAUACUUUAAAAUGUAUUUUUCUUUUCGGCAGAAAGUUCUUCACUCACUUCACUAUGACCACUACUACG